AAACAGAUUGGUUCUAAGGAAGAUCACCGCUUAAAUAUUCUUUAAAAGUGAGAUCCAGAAUUUGUUAUCUUCCCAAAUUUCAUUUUUAGACUCAAAGUUGAAGAUCUAUGUGAUUUGUGAGUACCCUACAGUGACAGCAAUUUCUUCUUCUUCUUCUUCUUAUUAUUUUGGGUUAUGUUUGAGUUCUUGCAAAUUGUAGAACUGAAGAGGUAAACCAUGAAUCCAACAAUGUUAUUGCAACAAUGGUGGCAACUGUUUAAUUCAACUGAUGUGUUCAACCCUCUCACAUUAGUUCCUCUUCUCCUCACCAUUAGUUUUCUCUUUAAGCUUUUAAGAACUUGGAAGCUCAAUCUCCCACCAUCUCCACCCAAGCUGCCCAUCAUUGGCAACAUCCACCAAGUUGGGAAAUCGCCCCACCGAUCUUUCCGAGCCUUGUCUGAGAAAUAUGGUCCUUUGAUGCUCUUACACAUGGGUCAAACCCCAACACUUGUGGUUUCAUCUUCUGAAAUAGGCAAGGAGAUCAUGGUGGCACACGAUGUGUUCGUAGAAAGGCCUCAAAUAAGGGUUGCCCAUACUCUCUUCUGUGGCUGCACUGAUAUUGCAUUUAGUGCUUAUGGUGAUUACUGGAGACAAGCUAAGAAAAUCUGUGUUCUCGAACUUUUGACCCAAAAGAGGGUUCGAAUGUUUCAGCUUGUGAGAGAGCAAGAGGUUUCAAGAAUGGUGGAGAAUGUAAGACAAUGUUGUCAUAAUGGGUCUGAAAUUGUUGUUUGUGAGAUGCUUGAAACCAUUGCAAACAACAUCAUCAGCAGAUCUAUUCUUGGUCGAGUAUAUGACAGAGAAGAUGGGAAUAAAGGGUUUGGGGAAUUAUCAAGGAAAGCAAUGGACCUUAUAGGAUCCUUUUGUUUUGAAGAUUUCUUUCCAAAUUUGGGAUGGAUUGAUGUUCUUACAGGCUUGACUUCAGAACUGGAAAGAGUUUCCAAUGAAUUACAUGCUUUUCUUGAUCAAGUGAUAGAGGAUCACCUGGCUAUGAUGAAUGAAGAUGAUGAUGAUGAUGAUACAUCAGAGAACAAAGAUUUUGUUGAUAUCCUUCUUCGUCUUCAGCUCGAUGGCAAGCUCGAUAUCAGUCUAACUCAAGAUAACCUCAAGGCUAUAAUACUGGACAUGUUUGUUGGUGGAACGGAUAAUAUAGCUGCAACACUGGAAUGGGCAAUGGCAGAGCUUGUGAAAAAUCCCAGCAUAAUGAAGAAAGCUCAAGAAGAAGUAAGAGCGGUUGUUGGUAAGAAACAAACAAUCAGUGAGAUUGAUGUCAAUGAAAUGCACUACUUGAAAUGUGUUGUGAAAGAGACACUGAGACUCCAUGCUCCUGUUAUGGUGUCAAGACAAAAUUCCACAGCUACUAAAUUGGAAGGCUAUGAUAUUCCUCCCAAAACAAUAGUAUUGGUCAAUACAUGGGCAAUUCAAAGGGAUCCCAAGUUAUGGGACAAGGCUGAAGAGUUCAUCCCAGACAGGUUUUUGAACAGUCAGGUUGAUUUUAGGGGCCAACAUAUUCAGUACACUCCAUUCGGUGCUGGAAGAAGAGUUUGUCCCGGAAUUACAUUUGCAGUUGCAGGAGCUGAGUAUGUCUUGGCCAAUCUCCUUUACUGGUUUGAUUGGAAGUUGCCGGAUUCGAGAUGCUGUGAAGAUUUAGACAUGAGUGAUUAUUAUGCUCUCAUCAUCCGCAAGAAGGUACCCCUUCAUCUUGUACCAAUGCUGCAUUCUUUUUCAUAAACCUGCGAUCCAUUUGUAUGGUAUUCAUGAUCUCAGGGGUAGAGAUAGUCCUUUUAUUAUUUACAUUACUGAAGCUCAUCAAGAACUUGGUACCAGUUAUAGAAGAUUGGUAAACAACUAAAUCAUGUGUUUUUUCUCUUUAAUGCUACGAGCUUUGUUUGGAACACAAUGUUUUUGUAGCUCUCAAUGGCGGAAUGAUUACAUGAAUUCGGAUUCUCUUAA